AUGAUUCGGGUGAAAGACCCGAAGAAAUCAGUGGAAUUCUACAAGUUCCUCGGUCUCAACCAAAUCCAGCAGCUGGACUUCCCCGAAAACAAGUUCUCUCUGUACUUCCUCGCUUACAAUGGCCCCAAGUCUCUGCAAGGUGAUCGUCACUGGACGGAUCGUAACGCCGUGCUGGAGCUCACCCACAACUACGGCACCGAGAGCGACCCCAACUACAGCGUCGCCAACGGAAACACAGAACCUCACCGUGGAUUCGGCCACAUCGCUAUCUCCGUCGAUAACAUCGAGGCCGCCUGCAAGAGACUCGAGGAUGCCGGCUACCCAUUCCAGAAGAAACUCACCGAGGGUCGCAUGAAGCACAUCGCCUUCGCCAAGGACCCCGAUGGCUACUGGGUGGAAAUCAUCCGCCGCCACGACGAGGAUGUCGGUACUACGACUGAUACGGCCAACUACCGCCUCAACCACACCAUGCUUCGCGUCAAGUCUGCCGAGACCAGUCUGAAGUUCUACCAGGAGGUGAUGGGUAUGACGCUGCUGCGGACUAUUGAGAACAAGGAUGCGGCCUUCAAUUUGUAUUUCCUGGGAUACCCGGCGUCCAACCCACAGACGCGCGAGAACGCCAAGAACCCGGAGGGCAAGGUGUACCACGACGGUAACUCCGAGCCUCAGGGCUUCGGUCAUAUUUGCGUGUCGGUCGAUGAUUUGAAUGCCGCCUGCGAGCGUUUUGAGUCGCUGAACGUCAACUGGAAGAAGCGCCUGACGGACGGACGGAUGAAGAACGUGGCGUUCAUUCUGGAUCCGGAUGGGUACUGGAUUGAGGUGAUUCAGAACGAGACGCUCAAGCGCACCAGCAACUGGUAA